CUAGCGGGUCGUCCGCCAUCGAGAGAGAUUCCAUGGCCGAAGGACGAAGGGCAGCCUGCCAUGCACGAGCUUUGGCUUGUCUGCGAUGGUGCGGAUUCUGAUGCGCGCCUCGUGGCCCGAGGAGUGCUAUAAAGCUGCGCGCUUGUGCAGUCAAUAUUCUUUCUGGACGUCUGGGACUUACUUUCUUUCGGUGCGACGGGCGGGGCGGGGCGGGGCGGGGCGGGGAGGGCAGGUCAGGGCAGCGCAGGGCCGACACUCACUGGUUCCGGAUCGGUUCGUUUAUCUAUCUUGCCUGCCUUCGAUUUGAUUAGCUCAGCUCUGCUGCGUCCGGAUUCUUUCACUGUCGGGGAGCGUGGGGUGUUGGCGUCGUGGUGGAGGACAGGGGGCGCAGCCGAGCAGGCAGGCCUCGGAUCCUGGGUACCUCGCCCUCUCGCGGAUUUCGUUUCGGGUUCUUCUUGCCGCCGCUGAGAUUUGUGUGUGAGAUCCGCCGACUCACGUUCGUUCUCUCCGUUCCGAGGCCCGGGCGAGUCGUCUCGUCGCGACUGGAUCUUGUUUCUUUAACUCGGGCUCCGCGGUCUGCCCCGGGCGGGGGAUGCCCCAGGCCUGGACGAAUUUGGUGAUCUCGGGGAGUUUAUUGCCGCCGCCCAGUCGCUCUUUCAUGCUGCUGGUUAGCUUUCUCUCUGUCACGCAUCGGCGCUUUGUUUUUGGACGAGGCCCCGAGCGCUUCCUCUCUGCGGGCGGGCAAUCGAAUCUUGGUCCAGUCCUCGCUCGGUAGCGAGUUUGUACAAAGGAUCAGCGCUGGCGGGGGUUCUUCCUGCGCCGCAACGGCCUCCAGGGUCGAUGCACUCCUCGCAAGCGCCGGCGGCCGAGAACUGGGAGCCCAAGCAUGAACAGGGUGCUCACUUUCCGGACGAUCGGCAGCAGGAGUACUUCCCCUCGAAUGGCACGCGCGGUCUGAAUGGGUCGGAGUCGCAAUCCCAGAUGGAGAACAUUCCGCUGGAGAAGACGCCGUCCAUGAUGAAGUCCCAGGAGAAGGUGCUGCUCCAUGGAUCGCUGGACGUGUACAUAUAUCAGGCCAAAUCGCUGCCCAACAUGGACAUGUUUUCCGAGAAGCUGCGCCAGGUUUUCUCAGUGUUCAACGUGUGCAAGGCCCCGUUCCAGAAAUCCGCGGCCAAGGGGGAGGGGAAGGCGCAUCGCAGUCAUGUGAUCACCAGUGAUCCCUAUGUGUCAGUCGUUCUAGCUGGUGCCAGAUUGGCUAGAACGAGGGUCAUAGCUAACAACCAGGAUCCUGUAUGGAAUGAGCACUUUCUGAUUCCCGUGGCGCACAGCGUGUCCGAGAUUGUAUUCAGCAUCAAGGACAAUGAUCUUCUUGGAGCCCAGCUGAUUGGUAACGUGGAAGUACCUGUGAGUGCCGUGGUUGAAGCUGGGGAAGCAGGAAUUGAGGGCUGGUUUGAUGUUAUGGGCUCUGCAGGAAAGGUUGUUCGUGAAAAUGCUCAGUUAAGACUGAAGAUUGCGUAUCUUCCGGUGCAUAAAAACCGACUUUACCAAAGUGUGGUCGAAGCUGGGCCAGAUUAUUUUGGAGUACCCAACACAUAUUUCCCUCUGAGGAAAGGUGGAAAUGUUGUGUUGUAUCACGAUGCUCAUGUCGAGGAACACACCCUUCCCGACUUUAAGCUUGACAACGGACUCUUGUUUCAACACCGAAGAUGCUGGGAGGACAUCUGUACCGCCAUUCUGGAAGCACAUCACCUGGUGUACAUUGCGGGUUGGUCUAUUUACGACAAAAUCAAGCUGAUGAGAGACAUAAAUAGGCCUAUUCCUGAUGGUGGGAAUUUGACCUUGGGCGAACUUUUGAAGAGGAAGUCGAAGGAGGGAGUUCGGGUUCUUCUAUUGGUGUGGGAUGACAAAACAUCUCACAACAAACCUCUUAUCAAAACUGAAGGUGUCAUGGGUACUCACGAUGAAGAUACCAAGAAAUUUUUCAGGCAUUCAGCUGUGAGGUGUAUUUUGGCUCCUCGAUAUGGUGACAACAAGCUCAGCUGGUUUCGUCAGCAGGUUGUUGGAACGCUCUACACACAUCAUCAAAAAAUUGUUAUUUGUGAUGCUCAAGGACCCGGUAACACGAGGAAAGUGUCCGCUUUUUUGGGCGGGUUAGAUCUUUGUGAUGGACGCUAUGAUACUCCAGGACAUCCCUUAUUCAGACAUAUGGAUACCGUAUACAAGGAAGAUUACCAUCAGCCUACAUUCAACACCACACAAGAUAGUGGAGGACCAAGGCAGCCUUGGCAUGAUCUUCACUGUAGGAUUGAUGGUCCGGCUGCGUAUGAUGUCCUCACCAAUUUCGAACAGCGCUGGAAGAAAGCCACGAGAUGGCAUGAUGACGAGCUGAUUGAAAUUGGGCGUAUUUCUUGGAUACUUGGUCCAACGAAGGAAACUAGACCUCAGGGCGAUCCACAUCUCAUGGUUUCAGAAGAUGAAGACCCAGAGACUUGGCAUGUUCAGAUUUUCCGGUCGAUCGAUUCUGGAUCUGCAAAAGGCUUCCCCAAAAAUGUUCAAGAAGCAGAGAGACAGAAUCUUGUGUGGAGGAAAAACAUAGCCGUGGACGUGAGCAUACAAACAGCGUACAUUAAGGCCAUCAGGGGAGCUCAGAAGUUCAUAUACAUCGAAAAUCAGUACUUUCUCGGAUCAUCAUACGCCUGGCCUGAUUAUAAGACCGCAGGUGCUGAUCAGAUGAUUCCUAUGGAGUUAGCACUGAAGAUUGCGUCGAAAAUUAGGGCCAAUGAGAGAUUUGUAGCCUACAUCGCCAUUCCAAUGUGGCCUGAAGGGGCUCCAGACAGUGCUGCCGUGCAGGAGAUUCUUUACUUCCAGUCCCAAACUGUUCAGAUGAUGUAUACGAUCAUCGCCGAUGCUAUUCGUGACCAAGGUCGAUCAGACGAUCCUAGAGACUACCUGAAUUUCUACUGUCUGGCGAAUCGAGAAACGAAAUCUGAUUCUGAUCCAUCUCCGUCGAAGCCGCCGGACCCCAACUCCAAGCAGGGGUUAGUGCACAGAACGAGGCGGAUGAUGAUAUAUAUUCACUCGAAGGGCAUUAUAGUCGAUGACGAAUAUAUCAUUAUUGGAUCAGCAAAUAUCAAUCAACGAUCUAUGGAUGGAUCUAGGGACACCGAAAUUGCUAUGGGAGCAUAUCAACCUCACCAUACACAUGCCCGUGCUUUGAAGCAUCCUCAUGGCCAGAUUUAUGGCUACCGGUUGGGGUUAUGGGCAGAGCACUUAGGAUUCUUGGCACCGUGCUUCGACGAUCCAUCCAGUCUUGAAUGUGUUCACAUCAUCAACGAGGCCGCAGAGAAAAACUGGGAGCAAUAUACAGCGGAAGAAGUGACAGACAUGAAGGGUCACUUGAUGCCAUAUCCUUACGACAUCAGUAUUGAUGGUCAAGUGUCUCACAAAGCGAACUUUGAGACCUUCCCUGACGUUGGAGGGAAAAUUAUGGGUACCAAUACUCAGCUACCUGAUAAUUUGACCACCUGAUCAUAUUUUGAUAAUGGUAAGGACGGAUUUCCACGUAAAAGCCACGGGGUUUGGGGGUUUAUGCAGCAGGCCGCUUUGAUUGUCCUCGUGCUUUUGGAACCUAAAGGCAUUAGUGCAGGGUUUUUCAAGUGGUCCUCUCCACAAGUUUUCUGACCGAGUUGAUUUCACUCCGAUCAAACCACAUAUUGGAAGUUCUAUGGAAAUUCUAAGAAUAGGGCUUAAUUUGCCAGAAAGGAUGUUAAUAUUUAUGAAUAUUGACUUUUUCAGCCUCAGUCAGCCUUUUGGUGAACAAACGCAGGUGAUUUCGAGUUGGAGCGGCUCUCCUCCAUGAGCGUUUUCAUAACACUGUUGCCCUAAUUUUGACCACUGAAGUUUCGGGCUCACAAUCCAUUCUAAGUGAUUGUGAUUGUCUUGAGACUAUACCUUGGUCAGCAGUCAAAAGAGUUUACAAGAUCAUAGAGAAAACAACCCACCACCCAAAGUUGGUUGAGGUGCGGACAUUGUAGCUACAGUUCACCUGCAUCCAUGUUCCAAGUCGCCGUCCAUUUUUUCCCUCGUGGCAGCCAGUAUGGAAUUAAGAACUGCAGAGUAGUCUGCACAUCAGGUCUAGCCCUGAAUAUGAGUGUCAUUGUAACUCCUUGGACAUGUGUACAGGGUGGCACUCCUUGGGCGCGCACGAUUAUUCAACUUGCCUUGUAUAUAGAGGUUUGCGAAUUGCUUCCUCUCUAUUAACUGUGAUUUAUUCCUCCCAGUUGUCUGAACUUCUCUAGCAGCUUUCUGACGAGUUUGUAGGGUUGACAUUAUCAGGUAGGUGAAGCCCAUCACAGCUCCUUUUUGUACAACAGUUUAUGUAACUCUAGAACAUCUUGACAUGGUUUAACUAUGAAUAACGAUUUUUCAGAAUGCAGUGCCUGGACCUGUGGCAGUGGAUCUUCACUAAUAUAAUUGAAACUUGAAAUCAUGCUAGAGAGGUUUAACAAGGGUGUAGCGAUGAUUGGGCUCUUCUGUAAUGCCUGGUGACCUCUAGCUUGUAGGAAAAAAAACAAAUGUCUGAGAAAGCAGAUUAUUUUUUUAAAGAAAACAGUUGUGGGCAGAAUUAAGAAUAAAUCGUCUGUGAAU